CAGCAACAUCAACAACAUAAGCAGAAGGAAACGCAGCAAAUACUUCAGAUACAGUCUCAGCCACCUCCAAAACCUAAGGAGCAACAAACCGAGCAACAGUUGCAGCCACCUCCAAAACCUAAGGAGCAGCAAGCCAAGCAACAGUUGCAGCCACCUCCAAAGCCUAAGGAGCAGCAAACAGAGGAGCAGUUGCCGCCACCUCCAAAGCCUAAGGAGCAGCAAACCGAGGAGCAGUUGCCGCCACCUCCAAAGNCUCCAAAGCCUAAGGAGCAGCAAGCCGAGGAACAAUUGCCGCCUGUUCCAAAGACAAAAAAGCAGCAAACCGAGGAGCAGUUGCCGCCACCUCCAAAGCCUAAAGAGCAGCAAGUCGAGCAACAGUUGCAGCCACCUCCAAAGCCUAAAGAGCAGCAAACCGAGAAGCAGUUGCAGCCUGUUCCAAAGACAAAAAAGCAGCAAACUGAGGAGCAGUUGCCGCCACCUCCAAAGCCUAAGGAGCAGCAAGCCGAGAAGCAGUUGCAGCCACCUCUAAAGCCUAAGGAGCAGCAAGCCGAGACACAGUUGCAGCCACCUCCAAAGCCUAAGGAGCAGCAAACUGAGGAGCAGUUGCAGCCACCUCCAAAACCUAAGGAGAAGCAAACCGAGGAGCAGUUGCAGCCACCUCCAAAGCCUAAGGAGCAGCAAACUGAGGAGCAGUUGCAGCCACCUCCAAAACCUAAGGAGAAGCAAACCGAGGAGCAGUUGCAGCCACCUCUAAAACCUAAGGAGCAACAAACUAAACAACAGUUGCAGCCACCUCCAAAACCUAGGGAGCAGAAAACCGAGGAACAGUUGCCGCCUGUUCCAAAGCUUCAAGAACAGCAAACCGAGCAACAAUUGCCGCCUGUUCUUAAGCCUAAGGAGCAGCAAACCGAGGAACAAGAGCAGCAAGCCGAGCAACAGUUGCAGCCACCUCCAAAGCCUAAAGAGCAGCAAGCCAAGCAGCAGUUGCAGCCACCUCCAAAGCCUAAAGAGCAGCAAGCCGAAGAACAAUUGCCGCCUGUUCCAAAGCUUCAAGAACAGCAAACCGAGCAACAAUUGCCGCCUGUUCUUAAGCCUAAGGAGCAGCAAACCGAGGAACAAGAGCAGCAAUUGCAGCCACCUCCAAAGCCUAAGGAGCAGCAAACUGAGGAGCAGUUGCAGCCACCUCCAAAACCUAAGGAGAAGCAAACCGAGGAGCAGUUGCAGCCACCUCUAAAACCUAAGGAGCAACAAACUAAACAACAGUUGCAGCCACCUCCAAAACCUAGGGAGCAGAAAACCGAGGAACAGUUGCCGCCUGUUCCAAAGCUUCAAGAACAGCAAACCGA